AAAAACUGAUGCGGUUACAAGCAGUGAAAAACAAGACAUGUGGAAAAAAAUAGCACAGGAGUAUAACAGUGCGGGGCCCUCUUGCCCAAGAGCUGUGGAAUGCUUAAAACGAUGUUAUGAAAACAGGAAAAAACUAUUGAGAAAAUCAGUAGCUGCUGAAAGACGGGAAAUUUAUAAAACUGGAGGUGGCCUGCCAGACAACCAAGCAAAAAAGGAACCACUUGAUGAUUUGCUUAUGUCUAUUGUUUCCAAUAAAAGUGUACAAGGUCUUGAGACCCCUUUUGGUGGAGAUGCAAUUAUAAACAUCAAUACUUCAAACCCAACAACUUCCCAAGAGUCACAGGACGUAAUCUUAGAAGACAAUGCUAUUGAAUUCAUCUUUGAGAAUGAUCAUGAAGAUAGUAUUUUUGAGUUUGAGGAUACCGUUGAGGAAAAGAAAGCCUCACAAGGAAAACCAGAAGAAAAAAAGAGAAAAGCAACGACGUCAAUGGAAAGUGAAACACAAAAAUUGAAACAAAAUCAAUCAAAGAACUGGCAACGCUACACAGUUCAAGAUUUGAAAUCAGCCACAGACAGUGCACUCAAUCCAGAGUCAAUGCUAUUGAACCCUCAAACCUGUUUCAUUCUCGCUUAUACUCCUGAGUCACUGUUGGUAUUUAUGCAACACCCAGCAUCCAGGCGAAGGCCUAGAAUAUUUGUGAAAACAUUGGCAGCCUCUGAUUUAUCAGAAAAAUAUGAUAAAUUAGUAAGCGAGAGACUAGAAAUUGCAAACUAUCAAAAACAAGUGUUGCAAAACCAAAUAAAAGUAGAGUUGAAAGAACAUGAGCUCAGAGUGGAGCUGCUAACUCUCCAAAUCCAAAGGGAAAAGCAACUGGAAUAG